AUGAGUAUGAUCCGGGAGUUACGAAUCCGAUUGGAGCGUUGCUUGCAGCGAUCCGAGCCAACGUCGCCACAGUUAGCUGAUUUGCAGCAGCAAUUGGAAUUAUGCCGAGAGGAGAUCGAGGGAAUCCAUUCAACCGUACAUCGUUUGUCGACAGCACCACCCGUUGCUCAGGCCGAAGAAUGUGGGGUUAAUGGAAUUGAUGCAAAUCAAGAUAAACUCCUUAAGGAACCACGGCCUACGAUGCUAGGUGCCGUUCCUAAGCAACGUGCGUCAGCGCUUCACUCAGGUAAGUGUCACGCCUCAGAAAUCCGAACCGAUAAAAUGUUCAAAGACAAAAUCUCUCAACCGAAACUAAAUCCAACCAUGCAAUUUCCUUCACACGAGCAGCAGCGUUUAGCUCACGCGCGCUCUAGUCAAAUAAACUGUAUUAUAUCUGAAAAACAGACUAUUAGCCAACCUCCACUUAUUCCCUCCACAAUAACCCAACAAGCACCCCUACCUCAGCAGUCAGUGCAAAAUUUGUCAAAGAGGCAACCAUCUGGACAACAGUUUGCAGCGCAGCAGCCAACCAUGCAGCAGCCACAGGUGCCGGAAUCAGUGCAUACGCCAUCGGUCCAGCAGUUUGCAGUGCAGCGGCCUUCGAUGCAGAAAUUUUCUAUGCAGCAGCCACAGUUGCAGGACGCAGUGUAUCAGCCCUUAUUCCAGCAGUUUGCAGCGCAGCAGCAAUCCAUGCAGCAGCCACAGGUGCCGGAAGCAGUGUAUCAGCCCUUAUUCCAGCAGUUUGCAGCGCAGCAGCAAUCCAUGCAGCAGCCACAGGUGCCGGAAUCAGUGCAUCAGCCCUCGGUCCAGCAGUUUGCAGCGCAGCAGCUAUCCAUGCAGCAGCCACAGGUGCCGGAAUCAGUGCAUCAGCCCUCGGUCCAGCAGUUUGCAGCGCAGCAGCUAUCCAUGCAGCAGCCACAGGUGCCGGAAUCAGUGCAUCAGCCCUCGGUCCAGCAGUUUGCAGCGCAGCAGCUAUCCAUGCAGCAGCCACAGGUGCCGGAAUCAGUGCAUCAGCCCUCGGUUCAGCAGUUUGCAGAGCAGCUAUCUUCGAUGCAGCCAUCGACCCAGACGGUUUUUGAUCAGCAACCGGAGGGGCAGAAAACUGUGUACCAGCAGUAUGUGCAGCCACCUUUGGUUCAGCAAGUUCCUGCAUACCAGCAGCAGUUUCUGGUGAACCAUCCUCCUGCUGGCGGUAUCCAGGAAGGCUUUCAAACUCCAUCGCUGAACUUGAGAGGUCAAGAGAGAGCCGCAGAGUCGUUGCCUACCCAACAGCAGUUAACAUCUCGCCAGUCCUUAGCCCGGGAUCUACCAACAUUCACAGGGGAGCCGGCCGAAUGGCCGAUAUUCAUUUCAAAUUUCGAGUAUACAACGAGAACCUGUGGAUAUACUAACGGGGAGAAUAUGGUGCGUCUCCAAAGGUGCCUGAGAGGUCGUGCGUUAGACGGCGUGCGAAGUCGUUUAGUGUUUCCGGCGGCGGUUCCACAAGUGAUAGAAACACUCCGAAUGAGGUAUGGACGCCCAGAGUUAUUGAUUGAUGCUUUGCUACAGAAGGUUAGAUCGAUGCCUGUUGUUCGUGGAGAUAAGUUAGAAGCCCUCAUCGAGUAUGGAAUGGCCGUACAAGAGUUUUGUGAUCACAUAGAAGCGGCAAACGAAAGAGCGCAUUUGUCUAAUCCCACUCUACUACAGGAGCUAGUAGGGAAAUUGCCCGCGGACCAGAAACUGAUGUGGGCGGGUUACAAGCGUGGACGUGCGGUGGUAGAUCUUAAAACAUUCAGCGAAUACAUGACUGGUGUUGUGCAGGAUGCUUCAAGUGUUGUGUUGUAUAAAUCCGAUCCCGGGAAAACCACUGGACGUGAGAAAACGAAAGCUUACGUAAACUGGCAUGUAUCCAAUGCUGACAGGUCAUCCACUCCGAUAGCAACGCAACAGAAGACAAAUGUUUGUCUACAUUGCGACAAAGAAGGUCAUAAACUGCGCGAAUGUCAAUCAUUCAAGACACUUUCCGUAGAUGAUCGAUGGCGACGAAUAAGAGCAUUGAACGUGUGUCAAAUUUGUCUUUUCGCUCAUGGGAGAAGAGCCUGCCGAAAUAGCAACAAGUGCAACGUAAGUGGAUGCCAAUUUAAGCACCAUCCACUGCUACAUGGAAAGUCAACGACUCCAACAACACAAGUCAUUAACAGUCACACUCAUCGGCUCCUGGAUGGUGGAGUAUUGUUUCGGAUUAUACCCGUGACAUUGUACGGAAAGUCUGGAAGUGUAAAUACAUUUGCCUUCCUGGACGAAGGCUCAUCCUCGACACUUAUCAACGGUGACUUGGUGGCUCAGCUUGGCUUAGUAGGGGAGCUACAACCAAUUUGCUUAAGAUGGACUGGGAAUACGUCACGCGUAGAGAAAACAUCUCAGACUGUUACUAUCACAAUCUCUGGACAAAAGGCGAAGCGCUGUUAUAAACUCAUAGACGCUCAUACGGUAGAGAACUUGAAUUUACCGGUUCAAUCGUUCCAGGCAGAAGAAGCGACGACGAAGUUUGCUCAUUUAAAGCAUUUGCCGAUCCAAAGCUAUCGCAACGCCAGGCCAGAGGUCUUGAUUGGAGUUGAUAACCUUAAACUUGCCGUACCUUUAAAAACAAGAGAAGGGAAUGGGUCGGGACCAGUGGCGGCAAAAACACGGCUGGGAUGGUGCGUCUACGGCCGUCAAAACGCUUGUGUGAAUGAAACAUUCAGUUUUCACAUCUGCGAGUGCACGAAAGAUGACGUUUUGCAUGAGACUGUAAAACAGUUUUUCGCAGUGGAAGAAAAUGGAAUUAAGCACCCUGUCGACGCAUGCAGUGCAGAGGAUGAACGAGCACGAGAAUUGCUGGAAAAAACAACGAAGCGAGUCGGUAGGCGCUUCGAAACAGGCCUAUUAUGGAAAGAUGACGAAGUGGAGUUUCCAGACAGCUACAGCAUGGCUUUGCGUAGACACCAGUGUCUUCAACGUAGAAUGGAGAAGAACCCGACAUUACGGGAAAACAUCAGCCGCCAAAUACAGGAAUACGUAGAGAAAGGCUACGCUCAUCGGGCGACGCCCGCCGAUCUGGAGAACGCGAAUCCCAGGAGAGUCUGGUUCUUACCGUUGGGAGCAGUUACGAAUCCGCACAAACCUGGGAAAGUGCGGCUUGUAUGGGAUGCGGCAGCAAAAGUUUCCGGUGUAUCGCUGAAUAGCGCAUUGCUUAAAGGGCCGGACCAGUUGACGCUUCUACCAACCGUAAUGUUUCGUUUCCGUCUGUACGCCGUGGCAGUUAGUGCGGAUAUAGAGCAAAUGUUCCAUCAAUUGGGUAUUCUACCAGCUGAUAGGAAUUCAUUGCGCUUCCUAUGGAGCGAAACGUCAGAUAAACCAGCAGAGAUCUAUCUCAUGGACGUUGCUACGUUCGGUGCAACGUGCUCGCCUGCAUCCGCGCAGUACGUCAAGAACCUAAAUGCUAAAGAACACAUUCUGCAAUAUCCUAGGGCUGUCGAAGGAAUACUGAAAAGCCAUUAUGUCGACGACUACCUCGACAGUUUUGGUACUGAAAGUGAAGCCGUGAACACAUCAACAGAGGUUCGAUUAGUUCAUCACAAUGGUGGAUUCCAUCUACGGAAUUGGAGGUCGAACAGUGAGAAGGUCGUGAAGGAACUAGGGAAUUCAGCCACAAUAGACAGCAAAAACCUAUGCCUAGAAUCUGGCGAACGAGUGGACCGUGUGCUUGGAAUGUUAUGGUCAUCAAGUUCGGAUGCAUUAAGCUUCUCCACCCGCCUGAGUGAGGAGGUGAGGAAUCUACUGGACGACGGUUCUCGGCCGACGAAACGGCAAGUACUGCGGUGCGUCAUGUCAUUGUUUGAUCCUCUGGGAUUACUCGCGCUAUUUAUCAUUCACGGGAAAGUGUUGAUCCAGGAAUUGUGGCGAGCUCAAACCGAGUGGGAUGAAGCAGUAAGUGACGAUGUAUUCGAACAGUGGAAUCGCUGGAUUGGGAUGAUCGAGUUCAUAGCAACCGUAAAAAUUCCUAGAUGCUAUUUUUCCCAAGCUACCAUCCAAACGUAUAAAAAUGCUCAGCUUCACGCCUUUGUCGACGCUAGCGAGAUUGCUUACGCGUGCGCCGUGUACAUUCGAACUUACGUUGAAAAUGGAAUGUUCAAUUGUGCUUUGAUCUCUGGUAAGGCCAAGGUGGCUCCGCUCAAACCGAUGUCUAUACCAAGAUUGGAGCUGCAAGGAUGCGUACUUGGUGCGCGACUACUCAAGUUUGUCCAAGACAAUCACCCAGUUGUAUUCUCCAAAAGAUUCCUUUGGACGGACUCUACUACAGCCAGGUCCUGGAUCAGAUCGGAUCCACGACGCUAUAAACCCUUCGUAGCUCAUCGUGUAGGAGAAAUAUUAGAAAUCACGGAUGUCAGUGAAUGGCGAUGGGUGCCGUCCAAAUUGAACCCAGCAGACGAGGUUACCAAAUGGGGUCGAGGACCCUAUUUUAGCCCUGAUAGUCAAUGGUUCCAUGGACCACGAUUCCUGCGUUUACCGGAAGGAGAGUGGCCGAAAGCAACCGACUCAGUGGAAGCAACAAACGAAGACACGAGAACAUCGGUGAUGCUACAUUUCGUGUUCCAGCCAAUUUUAGAUUUUGAACGAUUUUCGUCGUGGAAGAAGAUCAUGCGAACCAUGGUUUACGUCUUACGCUUUCUUCGCAACAUCGCUAAGCCCAAGCGAAGAAAUCUAGAAGCACUCACACAAGAAGAGCUGAGUGAUGCACAAUGUGCAAUUUUGAAAAUCGUACAGCGAGAGUGUUAUCCCGAAGAAAUGGCAAUCCUCGAAUCAAAAGGGUCCUCGAAUAACAAUCAAGUGGCUAUCGACCGGAAAAGCAGUCUGUUCAAAUUAAUGCCUGCAAUGGAUGAAACCGGUUUAGUACGGCAACGGAGCCGAAUAAUAGCUGCAAAGGAAAUAGCCUAUGAUACUCGAUUCCCGAUAAUCUUGCCAUCGAAACACCGAGCAGUGAGUCUGCUGAUAGAAGAUUAUCAUCGUCGAUACCUCCAUGCCAACAACGAAACGAUCGUUAACGAACUCCGCCAGCGUUAUAAUAUUCCGAAACUACGUCAACUUGUGAAGAAUAUCGCCUACAAGUGUCAGCUUUGCAGGAUCCGCAAAGCUCGUCCUAGCUAUCCACCGAUGGCUACACUACCUCCGGCUCGUUUGGCAACGAAUGUUCGUCCGUUCAGCUAUGUGGGUGUGGAUUAUUUGGUCCGCUUCUUACGAAAGUUGGUCGGUCGAAUGUGA